AUGACAGAGAUAAGCUCAUUUGAGGGAGUGCUAGGAAUAUUUACACCGCGUAGCAUAAACUAUGAGGACGUGCAUUUAGAUGAAAAAGUUAAGGCUAUGCUAAGCCUUGGGCUGGGUGCAGAGAUGUGUGUGUUUGGAAACUAUAUGCGAAUUGUUAACCUUGCGUUUGUUUUUAGUAUUUACCUAUAUCAAAACAUUGUGCUUUUUCUGGACUAUGCGGUAGAUGGGUUGAAAUCAAUGGGCAAUGAUACGUCUUUAAAAAUUGCCGCUUUUAUAACGAAAGAUACGCUGCAUAAGACUAUAGUAUUAUUUAUUUGUGGGCUUAUUCUGGCGGGUCUAGCUAUUGUAUUGGUUAAAUUCUUCUUUAAGCUAGGUGUCUUUAUUGGCUGCCUCUUCUUGCUUUCGUUUGGGCCGGUGCGCGGAAUGCUGGAACAUGUAGGUUUAACAAGUGGUGUGAUACAGUUUAUCGCUGCGUUUAUCUUGUCAUUGGUGCUAGUGCGGUUUUUGGAAGGGAGAGUGCUUAAGUUUGCCUUUAUUGCUCUCUUUGCAACGGUUGGGGUUUCCUUAAUCAUGCUGGGACUUAAUCAGCUACACAACUUUAACUUCAUCCUUUGCUAUCAGAUACUGCGAAUUACACCACUAAUUCCAGCCGAGCCUGUUUAUAACCAUGAAACAUUGUACAUGGGUGUUUCAAUCUUAAUGUCUAGUUUCGUUCAGUUCUUUAUUUGUUCUUCCAAAUAA